UAACGUAUAUUAUUUAUUUAUUUAUUUAUUUUUAAACUUGGCACUUGAUUUGCAAAUUUAACACAUUCCCUUUGCCUAAAUCUAUUUUCUCUAAAAACCUUCGCUUGCAAUGCAGUGCUGUGUAAUCAGAUUUACGAUUUAAAUUCCUGGACAGUAGUAAAUGGAAAAUUGGGAUGCAAUGGGAUGGUAUACUGACAUCAUGGAAUGAGUUUGGCCUGGUUGUUGGGUGUGUCUGCAGCAUGGCAAUAUUCAAAACAACUCCCUCUAAAGUCAUUGGACAGAAACCAUGCUCACCACACUAUAAAAACCACUGUGAGCUGUUGCAAUUUUACUGAGGGUUAGAAUGCUUCAUUAAAAGAGUCAAGGUGUAUGACCCAUGGAUCAGAACAGCAGCAGUGAGGAGCUGCAACUUAUUACUAGUGACCCCGUGGUGCUGAGGAUUAAGAUGGCCAUAGCUCAAGUGCUGGUUUGGUUCUUUAUUUACAUCGACAUCUUCAUGCUCUUCACCUUCUUCAGUAAGCAGGCUUUCCGGGGCAAUGCACGCUACAUCCUGUUUGCUCACACCUUGCUGGUGGACUCAAUCUACCUGCUGCUCACAGAACUGUCUAUGCUGUUUAAGUAUAACUAUCUGCUCUGUCCUGUGGGUUCCUGCAUCCUGCUCUGCAUUGUCAUGGCGAUCGUUACCAGAUGCACGCCACUGACCAUCACUGCUAUGUGCUUAGAGCGCUAUGUGGCCAUCUGCAUGCCGCUAAGACACGCUGACAUCGCCACCCCUAGUAGGACGCUGGCUGUCAUCAUCGUCGUCUCAGCCUACAGCUCCCUCACCCCUUUUGUGGACCUCUUUAUCCUGAUAGUCACGGCCCCGCCAGGCUACUUUGCCAAGCUGACCGUGUGCCAGUAUAAGAUCGUGAUUGAGGCUCAGUGGCAUAGCGUCAUGCGGGCUGUCUGGUAUCAAGUGGACUUAGCUGUGAUUGUGAUCAUCAUUCUGUUUUGUUUUUUUAAAAUCAUGCUGGCGGCUCUGGCUGCCUCUGGAGAAAAUAAGCAGUCUGCGUCAAAGGGGAGACGCACACUCCUGCUCCACGGCCUGCAGCUCAUUCUGUGCAUAGCUGACAUGCUGGGCCCCUACACUGAGAAAAUAGCACUGGAGCACAAUUUAGAGCUCUAUUUGACUAUACGAUACUUCAAUUUUGUGGCCUUGGGUAUCGUCUCCAGGGCUUUGAGUUCAAUAAUAUAUGGUCUCAGAGAUAAAAAGUUUUUCCUUGCUCUAAUGUAUUACACCACCUGCAGGUUUAAUCACAAUAUAGCAGCUUAAAGUCUCUUCAGAGAUGACUCAGUAUAUGUGAACACCAUGAUAACACUAAUUCGUUAUGCAAGGCCUUUUUGGCAUGUGUAACUGAAUACAUGUCUCAAAUAUGCGCUUGAAAUAACUGAAGUCUUUAGAUGACAUUGAAAUUUCUAACACUGCUGAAGAUCCCUGAGUUAUCCCCAUGAAACAUGUUAAGUGUUUGUGAAAAUAAAUGUUGGUGAAUAUAAAUGUGUACUUUAAAACUUUAAGUCAUUUUCUGAAAUUUUACUGACGUAUAAAAGCUUUAAUUAUUUAAAAUAGUUUCUGACCGAGAUCCAAUUAGUGUAAUAGUUUAGUGCAAUAUGUAACUAAAAUUAUUAUGAAAAUUAGUGUUAUUUAUAUUCAGCGGUGAAGAGAAUGUGACAUGAAAAUUCAUGCUGUAGUUUUCAUUUGUACCGUAAACUGUCAAGUGAAAUGUACAACUGUAUAGUACAGUGAACUGUCAAAUGUAUAGCUUACAUUAGACUUUUUAAAUAAACCUUUUGUGAACUACUAAAAUU